UGCAAGAAGGAAACCAGCCCUUAAGAUGAGCUUCCCAUGUACAAUUUUGGCCAGCUUUCUUCUAAUUUUCAACUUUCCUACCAAAGGUUCGGACUGCCAAGAUAAUAUCUGGGGUGUCCUGGAGCAGGAUAUCAACUUGGAAAUUCCUGGAUUUCAAAAGAAUGCUACUACCGAUGAUAUACAGUGGAAAAAAGGAUCAAACACCAACAAGAUUGCACAAUACAAAAAAGACAAGAAGGUUUUUCAGUUAAAUGACACAUAUGAGGUAUUUGAAAAUGGAACCCUAAAAAUUAAACGUCUGACGAAAAAUUCUGAAGGUUGCUACAAGGUGGUAAUAUACAAUACAAACGGGCAAAACAUGUUGGAAAGAUCAUUUAAUUUGAAGACUUUAGAGUUGGUCUCAAAACCAAACAUCUUCUGGGACUGUGUCAACCGAACCUUGAUCUGUAAUAUAACGAAAGGAAGUCACUUUGAAUUAAGGCUGAUUCAAAAUACGAAAAAUCUCACGAAAAGUUUUGUUAAGACCGUCAAAUACAAGUGGUCCACCAACCCGAGUGGGGUAGUCAAGUGUACGGCACAGAACUAUCUCAGCGAGGAAUCUGUCCUGGUGCCCCUCGUCUGUCCAGGGAAAGGCCUGGACAUGCAUCUCAUCAUCGGCAUCUCUGUAGGGGGCAGCCUGUUGAUAAUCUUUGUGGCACUGCUCAUUUUCUACAUCAGCAAGAGGAGAAGGCAGAACAGCAGGAGAAAUGAUGAGGAGGUGGAGAUACCAGUACACAGAGCUAACACCGAGGAAAGGAGCCAGAAGCCCCACCAAAUUCCAGCCUCAGUUCCUCAAAAUCCAGCUGCCUCCCAGCCGCCUCCACCACUUGGUCAUCGUUCUCAGACAUCUGGUCCUCGUCCCUUGCCUCCUGGCCACCGUGCUCAGCACCAGCCUCAGAGGAGGCCUCCUCCGGGCACACAAGUUCAUCAGCACAAAGGCCCACCACUCCCCAGGCCUCGGGUUCAACCGAAACCUCCCCAUGGGGCUACAGAAAACUCGACGUCCCCUUCCUCUAAUUAAAAGCUAUAGAGACGGUUCUUCCUAGUAAAAGGCACUGUGGAUUCCUCUGGCCGCUGUGCACACUCUCACUUCUGCCAGGUGUUGAGCCAAGCAUUACCAUGUCCCGAUGCUCCCGGGCCACCUCUGCACCUUCUGACUCGCUGUGUGUUGACAUCCAGAAGGGAAAACAACCAACAUGGGAAGGUGGUGGGUGACUGAACACCACAACCUUAGCUCUCUCUCGCCUUCUCUCAGAUCGUGUGCAGAUGAGAUCGGUUGAGAGGAUGUCAUGCUUGGGUGUCCCUACGGCAGACUGCCUGCUUGAGAGACUCUCGGGCUUCUUAUGUGCCCUGGUGGACACUUGCCACUGUCCUGUGAGAAGUGAAAUAAAAGCUUUAACUUAA